CCUCCUUCCACACACAUAUAUAUAGAUAUUUGUCUAGCAACUUCUCUUAUCCUCCACCAUCUUUGUCCAUAAUUGAGUCUGACAGAAAGAAGUGAGGCCAUGGAAGCUUGUUUUCUCAACUCAAAUUCCUUCACCAAAACCCUAGAACUUUUUCCCCCAAUCAAAGCUAGAAUAUGGGAUCACCCAACGAGAUACGCUAGGCAGCUUAAGGGCAGGAAAUUUGGCACUACUCCAUUUUCAAUAUCAUGUUGUCGCAUGGAAUCGUCAUCCUGGUCAUCCCCAGAUGACAGCAAUUCUCUUAUCAAUGCUGACUGGCGGUCGUUUAGAGCAAAACUGGUAGCUGAAGACAGAGCAUCAAGGUCCCAAGAGCCUCCCUCGUACGUUGAUCCAGAUAGUGUGGUGGAUCAUCAUCCUCCUCCACCCAUCACAAUUGGAGACAAAUGGGCCCACGCCAUCCACGAGCCCGAGAAGGGCUGCUUGCUGAUUGCCACUGCAAAGCUCGAUGGUGUCCACAUUUUCGAACGAACGGUUGUCCUGGUCUUGUCAAUGGGGCCACUGGGCCCAUCCGGGAUCAUUCUAAAUCGACCGUCGCUUAUGUCCAUCAAGGAAACGAGAUCAACGGUGGUGGAUGUUGCUGGCACUUUCUCCGAUAGGCCACUGUUCUUUGGAGGGCCUCUGGAGGAAAGUUUGUUUUUGGUGAGCACUAAAGGUAAAGGGGGGGAUGUGGAGAGAAGUGGGGUUUUUCAAGAAGUAAUGAAGGGGUUGUAUUAUGGGAGUAAGGAGAGUGUUGGGUGUGCAGCUGAAAUGGUGAAGAGGAAUAUGGUUGGGGUUGGAGAGUUUAGGUUCUUUGAUGGGUAUUGUGGGUGGGAGAAGGAGCAGCUGAGAGAUGAAAUAAGAGGUGGUUAUUGGACUGUGGCAGCUUGCAGUCCAAGUGUAAUUGGGUUGGGUAGCCCAGCAGGUGUUGGGCUGUGGGAGGAGGUUCUUGGGCUUAUGGGUCCUAGAAAAGUUUGGUGAACACCUCACCUACCAUUCAGAAUAAUGGUUAUGUGGCUCACAAGUCACACCCCAAAAUAGGAGGGUUUGUCAGCAUCUAUCUUACUUUAGACAUCACUGGUUUGUGUAAAGAAGAAUGUGCAAUAGCAGUUCCAAAUAGAUUGAUAUCCUGCUCAAUUUGCUGACCAAA